AUGACGUUGGUGGGGAGUUUCAACCUUUAUGAAGGCGGUCUCCACAUUACCCCCCCCAUUUUCGAGGCUUCUUCUUGUUUGCAAGGCAAGAGAAGUCUUCUUAGGGUAACCGGAACCCGACCGGCUGGUGGCGAGUAGAACCACCUUUUUUCCAACAAUCUUCUGUGCGUGUGUGCGGGUGAACCACAUCCGCCACGCCUUGCCAGAAGUUUCGAGUUCGAUAGACAGCAGUGCAUCGUUUCUUCACGGCCCACUCACCGUUUUUCUUUUUCCGUACUCCGGAAGAAAAUUAGAUGAGCAGCGGGUUUUGGACCCGUGUCUUUUGCAACCAAAAGCAGCCACCUGACAUCUCUUGUCGACGCCUUUGUGGAAAAGAGGGUUU